UUUUGUUGUUAGUAGCGGAGAGCAGUCCGUGGAGGCCGCGUGUCUCUGACGUGUCCGCCGGGAGCACACCGAUGGUCGCCUGAGAGGACUAACAAGACCGGGGAAGAAGGGGUAGGGGGGUGUUUUUUUUACCCCAGCCGAGACCGGGACUACACCGGUCGCUCGCCACCUGAGCCCCAGGGAGGUGGACCAGCCCCGGCCGACAUGGGCAACAGUUUGUCCAACGUGUCCGCCUUCCAGUCGCUCCACAUCGUCAUGCUGGGUCUGGACUCGGCCGGCAAGACCACGGUGCUGUACCGCCUCAAGUUCAACGAGUUCGUCAACACGGUGCCCACCAUCGGCUUCAACACGGAGAAGAUCAAGCUGAGCAGCGCCAAGGGCAUCAGCUGCCACUUCUGGGACGUCGGGGGCCAGGAGAAGCUCCGCCCCCUCUGGAAGUCAUACAGCCGCUGCACGGACGGCAUAGUCUACGUGGUGGACUCCGUAGACGUGGACCGGCUGGAGGAGGCCCGCACCGAGCUACACAAGGUGACCAAGUUCGCGGAGAACCAGGGCACGCCGCUGCUGGUCAUCGCCAACAAGCAGGACCUCCCCCGCUCGCUGCCGGUGGACGCCAUCGAGAAGCAGCUGGCCCUGCACGAGCUGGCCCCCGCCACCUGUUACCACGUGCAGCCCGCCUGCGCCAUCAUCGGCGAGGGGCUGCACGAGGGCAUGGACAAGCUGCACGAGAUGAUCGUUAAGCGCCGGAAGAGCCUGAAGGCCAAGAAGAAGCGGUGACGUCACACCCGGAUGUCCGACUUUGCACUUUUCCGAGGUUACGAAACGGUCCCACUUGUGUUGGCCUCGGGGUCCGAAAUAGUCCGGGGUCAAGCCGCGGUGGGACUGCGACAAAAACACUGAAGGACAUCACAGCGCGGCCGUGGAGCGUUCACGGUGGCCGCAGUUUGACCCCGGAACGGACCAAAGCCGUUGUUUCCUAUGGGAAUCUUUUAGGCUCGCGCCCGCGAGUCCGAGAUUUGGCUGACAUUCCACCGCACGGCAAGACGUGUGCGCGCCCGCGCUGAUGUGUUUAACAGCGCGCUGACAAAUUGGGUCGCGCGCCUGCUGCAGUUUAGUCUGGGAGAUGUCUCGGUAUGGACCACACACACACACCGCGCUGUGGAAAAACUGUUGCUAAUAAUAUGACCGUGAAGUGGAAAUACGAGUUCUUAAAGGACGUGUUGUAAAAAGAAAAAUAAGUUUUCAUUCGAAGGUGUUCCUAAUAAAGUGGCUGUCAUCAUCA